AUGGCUGUUGCUGGGAUACGCAACCGGCUCGGAAGCAAUGUGCCUUUCUAUUAUUUUGUGAUAUUCUCCUUAUUUUGUGGCCUUUCAUUUGGACAGUUGAGCUACUCUGUAUCGGAAGAACUGGAAAAUGGGGCAGUGGUCGGUGAUCUGGCGCAUGACUUGGGGCUGGAUAUUCGAAAGCUGGCCAGCCGAAAAAUCAAGGUAACCUCCAGCAGCAGCAGUAAACGCUACGUGAUUGUCAACCCUAAAAAUGGCAAAUUGCUAGUUAAUGAAAGAAUCGACAGGGAGGCGCUGUGUGAUUUAUCCAGCAGCUGCCUCAUCAAUCUCGAGGUCCUCCUCGAAAAUCCGACUGAGGUGCAUCACGUCGAGGUGCUGAUAGUGGAUGUCAAUGAUAAUGCACCACAGUUCCCCAGGGACGAGUACCAAGUUGAGAUAACAGAAUCUGCGUUACCAGGGUCUCGGUAUCCAAUCGAAAACGCCCAGGAUCCGGACAUUGGCUCUAAUACAGUUCGCUUGUAUCAGUUGAGCACAAAUGACCAUUUUGCGCUGGUGUCCAACAAACCCUCCUUAAACACAAAGCACAUUGAGCUGGUGCUCAAAAAGCCCCUUGAUCGGGAGCAAACGCCUUACCACCAGUUAAUUUUAAGUGCUGUCGAUGGCGGGACACCUGAGAAAACGGGCACGGCGAUCAUUAACGUACGUGUCCUGGACUCAAAUGACAACGUUCCCAUGUUCGACAACUCGGUGUACAAGGUGAAACUGUUAGAGAAUUCGCCCAAAAACACCCUGGUGAUUAAAUUGAAUGCUACCGAUCUGGACGAGGGCACAAAUGGGGAAGUCUACUACUCUUUUAGCAGCUACACCCCUGAAAGAGUGAGGCAGAUGUUUAGCAUGGACACAAAUACAGGAGAAAUAAGAGUAAGCAGUAACGUCGAUUACGAAGAGACCAAUUCCUAUGAGAUGUACAUCCAAGCGAUGGACAAAGGCCCCGGAGCGGUGGCAGCACACUGUAAGGUGGUGGUAGAGGUAGUGGAUGUGAAUGACAACGUCCCUCAGAUUGUGUUGUCAUCCCUGUCAAGCCCAGUGAGGGAGGACGCCCGCGCUGACACGGUCGUGGCCCUCAUUAGCGUCACCGAUCGGGACUCCGGCGCCAACAAGCAGGUGACUUUAGAGAUCCCGGCUGGCCUUCCUUUCAAGAUUAAAUCCUUCCGAAACUACUACACCCUGGUUACCUCAGCGUUCCUUGACCGCGAGACCACCGAUGCCUACAAUGUCACUCUGAGUGCCACGGACGGAGGAAACCCACCCCUCUCCUCUCAGAAGACCAUCCAGGUGGACGUGGCCGACGUCAAUGACAACCCGCCGCGAUUUGAGCAGACGUCCUAUACUGUUUAUGUGACUGAGAACAACGCCCCUGGGGCCUCUUUGUGUACGGUGAAAGCUCAAGACGCAGACAUCAAAGAGAACGCGCGCAUCACCUAUACUGUGCUCAACGACAAUAACCACGGCAUCCCUGUCACUUCCUACGUGUCCGUGAAGGCCGAUACCGGGGAGGCGUACGCCCUGCGAGCCUUCGACUAUGAGUCACUUCGAGAGUUUCACUUCCAGGUCAAAGCCCAAGACGGAGGAAUUCCUCCGCUUAGUCGCGUCGCCACUGUCUACAUUUACAUCAUGGAUCAGAAUGACCACGCGCCGCUCAUUGUCAACCCUCCGGGUAAUGGCACACGCUCCUUGGAGACGGUUCAAAAGAACGCUGACCCCGGCGCCUUGGUGACCAAAGUGGUGGCGUACGAUGCCGACGCUGGUCCGAACGCCUGGCUGGUGUAUGUGCUUGAGACCUCCACGGACAUGGACUUGUUCAAGGUGCACGAACACACUGGCGAGAUCCGAACCACCCGGAGGAUCCUGGAGGACAACUCCACCUCCUUCGCUCUGACUGUCUUGGUGAAGGACCACGGACAGCCUGCCCUCUCCUCCACCGCCACCAUCAAUGUGGCUGUCAUGGAGGUGCCCCCCAAGGUUGUGCCGGAUCCCAAGAGAAUCAUCAGACCCCACAGCACCUUGCUUUUCUCUAACGUGACCCUGUACUUGAUUGUCGCUUUGAGCGCCACCACCUUUGUUUUCCUGGUCACCGUGGUGGUUCUGGCCAUUGUGCGCUGUCAUGCCUAUUGCACGCAACCUGGAUCCUGCUCCCCGUGCUGCGGGUCGCAGAAACCCCCUCCAGAUGGCGGGAAUAGCAGCGUGAGCGCCGGCGGUGGCGGGGCUGGUGGCGGACUUGCAGGGCAACCUAACAACAACGUGGUACUCCGGAGGGACCUUAAAGUUGAGCCUCACUACAUUGAAGUGCGAGGGAACGGCUCGCUAACAAAGACUUACUGCUACAAGACCUGCUUGACUGCCACCUCUGGCAGUGACACCUUCAUGUUCUACAACACGGGAAGGCCCAUCAGCGGCACCUGGGGCAGCGGCGCUGAUCGAUUCUUCACGAGUGGAAGCGGAUUUGUACGAAGGUUGAGCAUGCCGGAUGCCUCACUUCAAAUAUGUCCAGAGCCAAAAGCCCCAAACGCUGACUGGCGAUAUUCUGCAUCUUUGAGGGCUGGGGUGCAGAGUUCGGUCCACAUGGAGGAGGCUUCUGUGAUGCAGGGAGCCCAGGGCAUGCUGGUCCAGAACUGGCCCACUGUCUCCAGCGCUGCAGAUGGCGAGGGUGGUGGAGAACUGUCCCCUCCAGUAGGCGCCGGCGUCAACAGCAACAGCUGGCACUUCCGCUACGGAGCCGGACAGAGCUAUUGCCCACCGCAGGGCCUGAAACCCGGUGAGAUUCCUCCCGAAGCCUUCAUCAUCCCCGGUUCCCCGGCCAUUAUUUCUAUCCGCCACGACCCCGGCCCUGUUGACGAUAAAGGGGACUUCAUAAGCUUUGGAAAGAAGGAUGAUGCCAAGAAGAAGAAAAAGAAGAAGAAGGAUAAGAAGGAAAAGAAGGAGAAAGGAAAGGAUGACGGGGAUGAAUAA